GCGACCAGAGCGAGGCUGGGGUAGAGAGGCCGACAGAGCAGGAGUCGUCCGCUUGUCGUGGAGGCUGCUAGGAGCCGGCGAGAGGGUGAGCGGGCGGGCAGGCGAGCGAGCUAGAGCAGGCAGAAGGGAGCGUCGCGCCGCGCGGAGGAAAGCCGGGACCCGGCCGCGGAGGAACCACAGCCGGAGAGGGCAGCCCGAGCCGGGCGCCGCGGGGUCCCCACCCCCACUCGGCCGGACAGUGCCCGGUGUUUCCCCGUGCGGGGGGCGGCGGCGGCGGCUGACGGGACCCGACAGGACCGCGGGGGUGUUGCCACCUCCGCCGAGGAGCCGGCGCGGCCGCGGGCUCCUCAGAGCCGGGGCCCGGGGCCCGUGACAGACGGGCCGAGGAAGGGAGAGAGGCGGCGGCGGCUCAGGCGACGGGGAGGCAGCGGCGGCGACACCAUGUCAUCCCCCAGUCCGGGCAAGAGGCGGAUGGACACGGACGUGGUCAAGCUCAUUGAGAGUAAGCAUGAGGUUACAAUCCUGGGAGGACUCAAUGAAUUUGUAGUGAAGUUUUAUGGACCACAAGGAACACCGUAUGAAGGUGGAGUAUGGAAAGUUAGAGUGGAUCUUCCUGAUAAAUACCCUUUCAAAUCUCCAUCUAUAGGAUUCAUGAAUAAAAUUUUCCAUCCCAACAUUGAUGAAGCGUCAGGAACUGUGUGUCUAGAUGUAAUUAAUCAAACUUGGACAGCUCUCUAUGAUCUUACCAAUAUAUUUGAAUCCUUCCUGCCCCAGUUGUUGGCCUAUCCUAACCCCAUAGAUCCUCUCAAUGGUGAUGCUGCAGCCAUGUACCUCCAUCGACCAGAAGAAUACAAGCAGAAAAUUAAAGAGUACAUCCAAAAAUAUGCAACGGAGGAGGCCCUGAAGGAGCAGGAAGAGGGCACUGGUGACAGCUCAUCGGAGAGUUCUAUGUCUGACUUUUCGGAAGAUGAGGCCCAGGACAUGGAGUUGUAGUAGAAAAAGCACCUGCUUUUCAGAAAGACUAUUAUUUCCUAACCAUGAGAAGCAGACUAUAAUAUUCAUAUUUAAACAAAGCAAUUUUUUUUAUUACUAAACAAGGUUUUUAUGAAUAAUAGCAUUGAUAUAUAUAUAUUAUAUAUCACCCUUUAGAUCUUGAUUUCUUGGUCAUUUCUCAACCUGAGGUGCAUAGCAUAUUCCCACAUUCCAUUUUGGUAGCAAUAUGCGGUCCGAAUGCAUGCAUUCAUAAGUCCAUUUGGCCAAGUCAGCCUGUGUGCUACUGAACUGUCAAAAGAAAUAGCCGCUCGAUAGGUAGACACGAGUAAAACAGGAAAAAGUUGCUUCUUUUAUUGAUGGUUCCAAAGAAACAAACCAAACCAACCAGCUCUUGGACAUGAAGAUAGAAUAGUGCUUUUUCAAAGUGGAAAGGAAAAAAUUGGGGAGGAAGAGGCCUGCUUUGGGAGCAUGUAGAGCCAGCCGUGCGUGAAUCAGCUGCUCCUUCCCGUGAGUCCUCAGUGGGCCCGUCUCUGUGGAGUAACAGUGUAAAACAGGGAGCUAAUUGGAGAAUUGAAACUUAAAACAAUUUUUUGACUCUGAUUUUAAGUACGUUUUUAUACGUAGAUUCCUGCCCUUCACGCUACCAGACCUGCGGCCACAGCGUUUUGCUUUGGAGAAGCUUUUGGAAGUGUUUUCUGAAUUCAAUUAUUUUUCUUGGGGUACAGCUUGUAAUCCAGACCUUUUUUGAGCGGACAGGAGGAGAAAAGUGACUGGAAGAUGCUUCCUCUCAUCCAGCAGUGAAAAGUCACAUCCUAGUGUUGGGCCAGCCUGAGACCGCUGCCCUGGACUUAAGAGCUUUAAACUGGAGGGGGCUUUUUGUUUGUUUUUGGGUUUUUUUUUUUUUUUUUUUUAAUUUGUGUGAAUUGUGCUUAGACAGGUAACAAACUUAAACUUCACCUACCAAGAGAUGGUCUCCUCGCUGGACAAGCCGCUCGGUGGACUCUUAGACCUGGGAAAGAAGAUCUGCCUGGUGGCUGCAAGGCCCCGGGCUCUCUUUAAUGCUUGGGUUUUGUUUUCUCUCCUGCUGCUACUCCUGGCAGCAGCCUGGUCACCAUAUGCUUGUGGGAGUGGGAAAUGAGUAUUUCAGACCCAAUACACAUUCUAAAUUUAAGAUGAAUAAUAAUUGGAACAAAUAAAGUUUCUUGUACCCAAAGUGGCUCUACAUGGGAAAAACCGCUGUCUUCGGAGUGACUGACUAGGAAGAAGGGAUCCAGAAACACGUGGUAGUAGGGCGGGUUGUGAAGAAAGGUUGGUUUCUUUUCUGGGUGGGUUCAGAGCAAGUCAGUUUAAGGUGUGUGCUAGUCCACUGUUUGCUCACCUAACCCUGCGUCCAGGUUGUGGUGGAAUUUCUUUCAAAUCUGAGUGUUGCCUGCUGAAUCUGGAGGGGAUUUCGGAGAUGUUUUAGACAGCAGCUCUCCACCCCCGCCCUGAAACCAGUAGGACAGUAGCAGAAUUAGUCAAUCCUAAAAGCCUCUAAAGACAACUUUUGAAUGUCCCUGGGAUAAUUUUUCUUUCUGAUGUGUGUCUUUAGUUUAGAAGUGCUGUAUUUCGACAAGGUUUAAGUCAGUGAGGUUGGAAGAUACCCUAUCUUUUUUUUUUUUUUUUUUUUUUUAAUUCAAAAAGCACAAUCAGUCUUUUCUUUGAAAAUCUAUAAAGUACAACUUGAUUUUAGCAUGAUUAUUUUCCUAAAUAAAAAAACAGAAUUUACUAAUUUUAUGUUGAUUACGGGCAUGAAGCAAAAGUUAUUCUUUUUGAAAAAUGCAGUUUGUAGGGCUGUGGAUAGUUAACUAUACUGAGUUAUCGCUAGCAUUUGUGGCUUGUUGGAAGGGUAGUAUUAACUAUUUAACAUGUGAUGGUGUACUUGACCUGGCUCUCUGUCUUCUCAUGACCUUGGGGGAGGAGGGUCUCUGCCAGCACUGUGGGACCUGCUUCCCUGCACUUUAGCAGUUUGCUUGUUCUGUAGCCUUUACUGUAGGUGCUACUUAGGGUAGGCUUGAAGUGCUGGGUGGUGAUUUGAGUUCAAACAAUAAAUUGUAUUUUUUCAAUAUCGUACAAACAAUAGUGUUCUAAUUACCUUUCCAAAAAAAAUAAUUGUUUUGAUCUUGUCAAAAAAAAAAAAAAAAAAAAAAAAAAAAAAAAGCCUAAUAGAACCAAGUUUAGGGAAGGCCUAUGAGCCCCUCGCUGGAAAAUCAUCUCCACUUUGCUCCAGGGAAAAGCCAUCAGCUGGUCUGGCUUGGAGAGGCAGCCUGGGCCAUGGUGCCGAACGAAUUUCCACAUGAAGGCUGGGGUGGAGGCUGCAGGGGCUGAGCAGCACGUCUGAGUGUGGCUACAGCGUGUGUGUGUCGUGUGUGUGGCAAAGGUGUAAUUGGGCUUCUGUUGGCAGUGGAAGCUCCUGAUUCCCACCGAGAUCACACUACCCUGGUUCUGCGCACUAACCCCAUCUAGGCACUAACCCUGGUCGCUGGCGUGUUUUGGUGCUCUCAGCCUUUUCCUCUGCACUGGGAAAUUGGCUUUCGGUUGGUUGGACAGAUCUCUUCUUAGGCUAAUUCUGCCCUUUCCCAACUCCAGAGCAAGGUGGAAUAGGAGCUCAUGCUCGCAGGUGGUGCAAAGGAGAAGAGGGCCUGGCUGGGUCUCUAAGCUCCUGUGAAAGAUGGGGGACUAAGUCUGCAGUAGAGGGUGUUGUGACACCAAAAGCCUUUCCGAGCUGAGCCAUCCAAGAGUGUCCCUUACACUGGGACCUCCAGAGAUGGGACGGGUGGGGGGUUGUCCUUGCUGAAAUGCUUGGCUUUAGAGGCAGUGACAGUAGGUCAAAGCUGCAUCUGACAAUUUCUUUACCCUUAGUACCCAUAAUUUUUGAAAUCCUACCUUGUGGUUUACCAGCACAAGCUACCCUUUGCCCCUACUCAAAUGACAGCUCAAGCUCUCACCCAGCACCAACAAGUCAGGUGACUGCAGCCCAGCAGCACGGAACCCAGUGCCCUCCAGAAGCCCAGCAUGGUGACUAAUGGACCAUGCUCAGUGGUAGCCAAUCAGACACUGGCAUUUGGGUUUGUCUUCAGUCUCGUCACCCUCCUGGAGGUUACUGUGCAUUUUCAACCAGCAUUUUCUAGUGAGAUAAUUAUCAAAGUUGCCAUAUAAACUCUCCAAUGCUAAUGUUUUUCAUCCACUUCAAAAACUGUUCUGAUUGCCAACUGGCUGGUCUAGGCUGCUGAGCAGUGACUCCCGUGAAGGAGUUUUGCCCUCAAAAAGGCUCCCGAAGCCCUCGGCCUUGGCUUAACACUUGCUUUUUCCUAGGCCUCCUGUUGGGAUGGCUGAGAAUCAUGACAGGUCCUCUGCUAACCUCUGUGGGUCAAGUUCCUAGGCACACGUUUCCGGGAAUGUGUUUGAUUUUAAAUGGCAUGUGGCCCUUUAAUGUUUUAGUGACUCAAUUAGAAAAGUGAAGCCAUUUUCAAAAGUGAGCAAGAGUUUUACUUCAUCAGUUUCCUAACUGGGUUCACAGCCUUGUUGCGUGAAAUCAAAUCAUUUCUGAUUGGGCACAAAGAACUGCAUUUCUCUGGACUUCUGAAUCCAUAUUCACACUUCCUCUGGCCACUGAAGACCUUGGUGAUCCCAUCAGAGACUGGAUGGAGUGGAGGCCCUCUGGGAAAGGAGGGUUAGCAGCUCUCAGGUGCAGGUUUCCGCUCACCUGAGGAAGAGCCAGGGCUCUUAAUUUAGCAAAUACUCGUCUUGUCUGUGGGCUUGGGAAGAAAUGGCCAUUAUUUACUGAUUGUAUUUGGUACAUAUUGUGUGAUACUUGAAGAGAUAAAAGGGACUUACCAGCCCUUCAUUGAAAUCUAAGCUUUUUAUCGCUUAUUUUUUCCUUGCCCCAUCUCCUUCCUUCCACCUUUUUCCUUGCAUUGUGAUGAUCUUGUGGCAUGUCUGUCACCAAGACAAAUGCCUCCUCUGACUAUAACCUCUUAAUAGUUGUGUAUAAUGAAAACUGUAAACUUUUUUAAAUAAAAUGUGUAUAUACCUUG